GGUUCCCGCAACAGAUCGCACAGCGCCACCGGAGUGUCCAGUCGCCGUCGCGUGAGUAGGGCUUUCGAGGUUCGACCGUCGGUCAAGUCCAACAAGCCGUUGUACGUUUGGAUGCAGGAGCACAUGAGUAAACAGACGAUUGGCCUCAUCCUGAAUUUUCUGGUGCUGCUGACGUUGCUGGCGAUGCUGAUCACGAUCGUCAGUCACUUCAAAACGGGUAGCGACUCCGCUGCUGAUUGCUAUCUGGUGCAUACCUCAAGUAGCAGUCAUACUUUAGUAUGCCCAGCUGCCGGAACGCGUGAAGCAGGUUCUGAUUGCCGACUUUCUUCGGCCUGUCUUAGUUCUCGAAUAGCCUGUGUGGCCGUUGUUAGCUGGGGCGAGGACCGAGGCGGCAUAGUGUUCGAUGGUGUCUAUGUGACGAGGGACAAGUGGCUGUUUCGUAGGAGACUUCGCAACGGUCCUGAACCAUUCUUUUUCACCGGACUUGCUAUCGGCAACGUCACGUAA